GUUGAGGUUUCUUCAUCUGGGGUCCCUCCCAAGAGAGAACCCAGGACCCCCAGUGACCACAGAUGUGAUGGGGCCGGAGGAUUUGGGGGAGAGGGACAACAGUUUCCAUUGUAUCUUUGUCACCGCCACCUUCCUGGAGACUUUCUUCUGGAAAAGGCUUCCCUGGCUACUGGUCCAGAUGGGGGUCAUUUUAAACUCUCAGAGUGAACGUCUUGAUAGGACCGACAAGACGCAUGACAUGUACUUAGAAAGCUUAUCUUAGAGCCACACUGAGAUUGGAACCCGCAAAAUAUGCCAGGGAGGAAGGUGAGCAAGGGACACGACGCUCACCCGGAGAAACCCAGCAAGCGCGGCGAGGCUGUGGGCAGACCGGAGCCCUGCACACCGCCGGGGGAAGGUGGGCCGGCGCCGCCCCCGUGGAGGACAGCGCGGAGGCGCCCCACGAGCUGAGACGGAACUGCCGUGAGAUCCAGCAGUGCCAACUGUGGGUCUGACCCAGGAGAACGGAAAGCAGGGACGUGAAGGGCCCUCCUCAUGUUCUUGACACCGCCAUUCUCAGCAGCUCAGCUGAGGCGCAGAGGCAGCCGAGCGUCCGUCAGCCGAGUCACGGCUGAGCAGAACACGCCGCACGCCACAUGUGCAGGACUGCUCACGAUGCAAGGGCACAGUGGAAUAUAUAUAUAUUUAUAUUUUUGGCGAGACCCUGGAGGACACACUGAAUACAAUGGAAUACCAUCCCGCCUUUGAAAGGAAGCGAAAUCCUGGCACACGCUGCAACAGGAGGGAGCUUGAGGACACUGUGGCGAGUGGAGCGCGUGAGACACGGAAGGACACACGCUGAAGACACGCACAGAUGCCCACCCACGUGGGGAGGUGACAGGGGAGCCCAGCGCGCAGAGACAAAGUGGAAUGGAGGCCCGGGGGCUGGGAGCAAAUGCGGAGCGAGUGCUUCCUGGGGCAGAGUCUCCGUUUGGGAAGAUGAGGAGGUUCUGCCGACGGAUGCUGGCGAUGGUUGCAGAAGAAUGUGAAUGUGCCCAAUGCUACUGAAAACCGGUUACAAUGGAAACGCCACCCCAGUGACCACCACUGCCCCGUGGGCCUCCCUGGGCCUCCCCGCCAAGACCUGCAACAACGUGUCCUUCGAGGAGAGCAGGAUAGUCCUGGUCGUGGUGUACAGCGCAGUGUGCACGCUGGGGGUGCCGGCCAACUGCCUGACUGCGUGGCUGGCGCUGCUGCAGGUGCUGCAGGGCAACGUGCUGGCCGUCUACCUGCUCUGCCUGGCACUCUGCGAGCUGCUGUACACGGGCACGCUGCCGCUCUGGGUCAUCUACGUCCGCAACCAGCACCGCUGGACCCUGGGCCUGCCGGCCUGCAAAGUGACCGCCUACAUCUUCUUCUGCAACAUCUACGUCAGCAUCCUCUUCCUGUGCUGCGUCUCCUGCGACCGCUUCGUGGCCGUGGUGUACGCGCUGGAGAGUCGGGGCCGCCGCCGCCGGAGAACCGCCAUCCUCGUCUCCGCCUGCAUCUUCAUCCUCGUCGGGAUCGUUCACUACCCGGUGUUCCAGACGGAAGACAAGGAGACCUGCUUCGACAUGCUGCAGAUGGACAGCAGGAUUGCCGGGUACUACUAUGCCAGGUUCACCGUUGGCUUUGCCAUCCCUCUCUCCAUCAUCGCCUUCACCAACCACCGGAUUUUCAGGAGCAUCAAGCAGAGCAUGGGCUUAAGCGCUGCCCAGAAGGCCAAGGUGAAGCACUCGGCCAUCGCGGUGGUUGUCAUCUUCCUAGUCUGCUUCGCCCCGUACCACCUGGUUCUCCUCGUCAAAGCCGCUGCCUUUUCCUACUACAGAGGAGACAGGAGCGCCAUGUGCGGCUUGGAGGAAAGGCUGUACACAGCCUCUGUGGUGUUUCUGUGCCUGUCCACGGUGAACAGCGUGGCUGACCCCAUUAUCUACGUGCUGGCCACGGACCAUUCCCGCCAAGAAGUGUCCAGAAUCCAUAAGGGGUGGAAACAGUGGUCCAUGAGGACAGACAUCACCAGGCUCACCCACACCAGGGACACCGAGGAGCUGCAGUCGCCCAUGGCCCUUGCAGACCACUACACCUUCUCCAGGCCCGUGCACCCACCAGGGUCACCAUGCCCUGCAAAGAGGCUGACUGAGGAGUCCUGCUGAGCCCACUGUGUGGCAGGCGGAUGGCAGGUUGGGGGUCCUGGGGCCAGCAAUGUGGCUCCUGUCCACUGAGCCCACCAGCCACAGUGCCCAUGUCCCCUCUGGAAGACAAACUACCAAUUUCUCGUUCCUGAAGCCACUCCCUCCGUGACCACUGGCCCCAGGCUUUCCCACAUGGAAGGUGGCUGCAUGCCAAGGGGAGGAGCGACACCUCCAGGCUUCCGGGAGCCCAGAGAGCGUGUGGCAGGCAGUGGGGCCUCUUCAUCAGCAGCCUGCCUGGCUGGCUCCCUUGGCUGUGGGCAGGUAGCAGGCCUGCUGGCAGAGGUACCUGGUGGCUGCCCUGUUCGCAUCAGUGGCGAUGACUUUAUUUGCGGAGCAUUUCUGCAAGCGUUGCCUGGAUGCGGUGGUGCAUUGUGGGCCCUCUGGGCUCCUGCCUCAGAAUGUCAGUGGGCACCAUGCUGGAGGUCACCCAGCACUGUGGCAGCGCCCAGGAGGGCAUAGGGCAGCCUACCACCUCCAAGGGGGCAGGCGCCCUCAUCUGGGGUUGGGUCUGUGCUGAGCUGGAGGGCCUCUAGGGAACCGUGGGGCAGGGUGGCCAGCUGCUGGCUCCCAGAGCACAGCCCAGGCGUCCUCAACGGGGAGCCCCAAAUGUCCACGCCCAGAACAACAGUUGGCAGGACAGGUGUGACACAGCCACAGCAGAGGCAAGGGGUGCCAGGAGUCCCCAGCAGCAUCCUCGGGGAGAAGCUGGUGAGGGGUCCGUACAGGGUGGGGUCCCCACCCCUAGCCCCUUACUGAGAGGGGAGUGCAGCAGUUGGCCUGCUUGUCUGGCGGAGAAAGCCAGCUCCCUGCACCCUCGGGGCUGAGUCAGAUCUGGGUCUGCCCCAAAGGCCUUGCCUAGGCCAGGUCACACUGAUGCCCUGGUUUCCCUAUCUGUAAAAUGGGGCCAAUGACACCUACCUCACUGGGUUACCAUAGAGAUCAAUCCUCCUCCCUGCCCCGACACCUCGGGCACGUCGCAUGCACUCAGAGCACAGUGCCGGGCAGAUGCAGCACCUGGAUGGGGAGCCCAGCGCCCGGCACAGCACAGGGGCUUCCAGGGAGGCCGCGCAGGGCCGCGGGGCUGAGCCACGCUCUCGUUUUGUCAGGCAGCUAUGCAGUUGCUCUUCCUUGUUUUUGUUUUUAAUAUUUAUUUUUUUAGAGACAGGGCCUUGCUCUGUUGCUUGGGCUGGAGAACAGUGCCACCAUCAUAGCUCACUGCAGCCUCAAACUCCUGGGCUCAAGCGAUCCUCCCCGCUCAGCCUCCUGAGUAGCUGGAACUACAGGUGUGCACCACCACACCAGCCAAAACAGCCAUCCUCCCCUUGAGAGUCAUCAGAAAAAUACAUUAGGAAAAUGUGUUUAGAAAUAAAAGCACACAGCAGGGCAGUGCUCACGCCUGUCCUCCCAGCAUUUUGGGAGGCCGAGACGGGAGGAUCAGUUGAGGCCAGGAGUUUGAGACCAGCCUCGGCAACACGGCAAAACCUUGUCUCUUUUUUUGGUAUUAAAAAAAUAAUAAAAAUAAAAGAAAUAAUGCAAUUUAACUUUCACAGUUAACAUUUCUCCUGCUUUGAGAGGAGUGUGCCCCUAGGCUUCCAGAGGACAGCCGUGACCAGGGACUUGAAAAGUUGGGGCUGAGGUUCUGGACCAGUCUGGAAUAUUCAGGGCUGGGGCAAAAGGGAUCAUAACGAUGUCCAGCAGGGGCUUUCCUGUGGCUGCUAUAACCAGUUCCCACAAGUUGGUGGCUUAAAACAACAAACCGGGCUGGGCACCAUGGCUCAUGCCUAUAAUCCCAGCACUUUGGGAGGCCAAGGCGGGAAGAUCACCUGAGGUCAGGAGUUCAAGACUAGCCUGGCCAACAUGAUGAAACCCCGUCUCUACUAAAAAUACAAAAAAAAAAUUAUCUGGGUGUGGUGGAGCACACCUGUAAUCCCAGCUACUUCGGAGGCUAAGACAGGAGAAUCGCUUGAACCCAGG